AUGUUGUAGGGGAACCAUAGAAAACUUCCCCUUCCCUAAUUGCAUACCACCCUUGGCUGGACAGUGAUAAUCCGCACGAUCACCCUUAACUGGACAUGCGCGAAAAGAUGAAAUCAAAAGAAAUUUGCUUAGAGAGAGAAAGGUGGCGGUCGACUGCAAAUCUAGAGAGGGAGAGAGGACUGGUUUUGCACUCUUAGGGAGAGAGUGGGGGAGAGGGAUUCGUCCCGGAGGAGGGCGUUGUGAAACCCUAACUGAGCACCUCUAAUGGAGGCUUCUACAUCUUCUUGUGGGGGUACAGCAGCAGUAGGGCUGGAAGAGUGUUUGAAGCUUGUGAGAGGUGCAAAGGACGAACAGCGCCUCGCAGGUCUGCUCCUCGCCACCAAGCUCUGCAAGGCGGAUGACGAAGCAUCGCUUUUGAAGCUCUAUGAAGCUGUUGGACUUCAAUUCCUUCGCCGUCUUAUGAGAACUGGAUUGGGGAAAGGAAGAGGUGAGGUUCAAGAGGAAGAUAAUCGAGAGGAAUAUCUACAGUUGGGAAUUACUGUCUUUGCUGCGUUCUGUCGCGUGGCAGAUAUUGCAUCAUCGAAGGAAAUCAUUUCAGAAGUUCCUUUGGUUGUUGAAAUUCUUUCAAAUGAUAAGUUGGAACCAUCUGUUAUUGAGGCAUGUUAUGAGUGUUUGUUGUCAAUAGCAUCUGCUUCUGAAGAUGGGUUUUCAGCAUUACAUAAAUCUCGGGCCAUGGAAGCAAUUUCUCUCCAUACCAACAGUUUGCGUGAUGGUUCUUCAUCAUUGGAGCACGUUGUGAGACUUUUGGAAUUAGUGGUCAAUAAACUGUUUGCAGGCAGCAUAAAUGUCGAAUAUGCUGCAGAGUUUGCAAGUGUGGUUGUGGCGAUUUCUAGACAUUUCGCCUUGCUGCACAACCAACUUAAGUUUGAUAUGCUGCACCUCCUUUCUGCCCUCCUUUCCUCGGAUCAUGCUGCACCUUUGCAUGAAGCCUUAAGAUCAAGGUCAAAUAAUGGCCCUUGGGCUACCUAUAUUGCUGCUGGUAUUGUUGCAAUCUUGCAAAGUCGUGUUGUAUCUGAUGAAAAACAAUUAGCGCUUGCUUUGGCGGAUUCGAUGAUGGCUAUACUUGGUGAGAGAUGGCUCCUAAAUCCUAUACAUAUACCUGAAAAUCAGGAGCAGAUCCCAGUUGACAGAUGCUUACUACUGGUAUUGGAGUUUUCGAGGAUAGAGGUAGCUGUGCUUCUAAAUGAACUAGCUUACUUAAAAUAUGAAGCUUCUAAGAAUACUUCAACUGUUGAGUCCAUUCUUCUUAAGCAACGUACCCUAGCCACAGCCUACUCAUUGAUAGAGAGAAUAACUAAACUGAUUUCGGAUGAGGCUGAAGAUGCAGAACUAAAUCUUUCUGAAGCCACUUUAAUGAAGGCAGUGGCUGGACUCACAGAAACAAUCGGUGUGGUCAUUGAUUAUCUUCAAGAUGCAAAAGAACAUGGACACAGAAAAGGAAAUGAUUUGCUAGCAUCUGUUCGUGUGAUUGGGAGCUAUCUUGCAGAAACACCCUUUGCAUUCAAGGAGAAGUUUGGUGAACUUUUGGAUUACAUACUUUCGGUUGAAGGAGACACUGAAGCAAGUCCCUUUUAUACAACAUGCUUUUUGCUUCCGGUCCUGAGCCAAUCAACAGCGGAAAUUGGAGGAUGCAGGACGUUGGUUUCAUGUAGAGGAUAUAAAUCAGUUAUUGCAUGCCUGAUGAAGCUGCUGGGGCAAAACAGUCAGCAGGUUGGGGAUGACAUGGGUACCAUAUUUUUGGCGUGUGAGACCAUUGUGAACAUUCUUUUGAAGGGAGAAGAUAUACGAGAUGAACUGGAUGAAUCUGAAUUUAUUCAGCUUUUGCAAGCACUAGCUACCUCGGCAGUUUGCAGAAGUGAUAUUUCCAUUAUCACAGUGGCUUCAAGUGUAUGCUCUUUGAUCCUUGACUUGACAUCUGAAGAAAAGCUGUUAAAGCUUCCAGUUUCUUAUCCUCCCACUCAUGAAAGUCUAUCUCAGCUAAUUGUGAAAAGUUUGGAAUUAUAUGCGCAGGGUGAGGUGGUUGACGAUGUGAACUCCGAACUGGAUCUUCAUGAAAUAAUUAUUGCAGGCUAUGCUAGGUGGGCAUGUCGAUUCCCACAUAUUAAGGAGGCAGUUGACAGAUCACCAUACCUUGGACACCUGAAAUUCUGAGGAAUGGUCAUUAUCUGCAUUUGCCAUGGAGCAUUGAUCCUUCAAUUCAAGUCACUGUAUCUUCUUGUGCUCUCCUUGGUUCUAGGUUCAAGCCCUAAUUGAACUUUGUCAAAUCACUUAUCCUCUUAUAAUUUAAUUUUUUUUCUUUCUCGUUUUCUUUUCUUUUUGUUUUUAAGGUGAAAUUGAGCUUAUCUUCCAGAGCCAUGGCCUUGAACCAACCUGGAUUUAGGGUCAAUUCCCCAGCUUAGCCAUCAAAUUCUGUGGUUUAUGAUAUGUUGAUGAGUUGUACAGAAGUCUUAAUCAUAAGAUUCAGAAUAUUUGCCUAGUGUACAAGAAAACUACCGAAGAUCUUGAAAAACCAGUUUUGAGGUCUUAUCUUUAUAUGGAAAGUUACCAAGGUGUGGCCGGGGCACAUAUUGUAAAAUCAUAUAACAUUUAGCUAUUGGAAUGGCAGUUAAUUUUGUUUAGAGUGUA